AUGUUGGUGUUUCGUGUUCUAUUGCUAACAGUGUUCGUGUUAUGUUCAAACGUUAACGGACAAUCCUAUGAGAAUUUGACACGUCUAAAGUCGACCCUGUUACAGAGAUACACAAAGUCUAAUCGUCCCGUCAGAAAUCAGAGUGAUAUUCUCUCAGUAUAUGUCAGCGUUUUCUGCCGUUUGGUGAAAGAGUUUAACAUCGUAGAAAGCCUUCUAGGUACACACCUGUUCUUCGACAUUCAGUGGACGGACGAGUACAUGCGUUGGGAUAGCGUUGAUUACGACAACAUUACUACGGUAAACUUUUCCAUACUUGAUGUGUGGGUUCCACCGAUGGUGCUUAUAAACCCGGCAGACAAAUAUGGCUUACUAGGUAACGAGAAUGAAAACCUUCUCGUGGAGUACUCUUCAGACGGUAAUGCAUCGCUUGUCUUCGCCGCUUACGUAAUGACCACUUGUAAACCAUAUGUAAAGUAUUUCCCGUUUGAUUCUCAUACUUGUCAUAUAAUGAUUAGUUCUAUAGGUUACGGGACGGGUAAUGUGAUACCAAAACCCUUACAUUUAUAUACCAAUUAUCUGGUGGAUAAUGGACAAUGGGUUAUGGACAUAUUGAACCUCACUGAACAGUGGUUGGUUCCAGGGCUGAACGAUUCGCAGUAUGUUGACCUUUCCAUAACGUUAUCACGCCGACCACAUUUUUUACUGCUGAAUCUGUUUAUCCCUAUUGCCUUUCUUGUUUGCAUGAACUUGUUCGUGUUUUUUCUCCCGGCUGAAUGUGGUGAGAAGGCCAGUUACUCCAUCACUGUCCUCUUGUCUCUGGCAAUCUUCAUGACUAUAGUUAUGGACCAGUUACCGCCACUGUCCACUGAUGUACCUGUCGUAAGCGUCAUCCUUUGCGUACAUCUUGCGAACAACGUCAUCGUGUGUACGUGUACUAUUCUGUCAUUGAAUUACCAUCAUCGCAGUAAUACACGGAAGAUAUCUUGUCAUCUUCGUCUGUUAACAAUGCUGGUGACCUGGCGAAUAUACAAGGGUAGCAAUAAGGUAGAGAACACUUUUAAUGGAGAACCGACUGAGGAACGUUAUCCAAAGGCUGACGAGAAGGAUGUGGACAUCACAGAAACAGAUGACGUUACCAACCGCGUUACUACGUUGCAGCGCACUGACCAGCGUCCUGUGCUGACCUGGCAGAAUGUUAGUCAUGCGAUGGACCGAUGGAAUUUUUUUAUCUGUAUUAUGAUGACUGUACUUGAGAUGGGCCUCGUUUUUUAUCAUUCAGCUAGUGGUAUGUAA